UUGAAUUAGCGAGCUUGAGGGAGAGCAGCUUGAUUUGAGUCCUCUGUGUCUGGCUCGCCCACAUUGAUGUCAGCCAAGACUGGAAAAAAAAAAACAGUACUAGCGAUAAAAGGGAAUACUUUUUUUUUUACUCAUUGCCUUUUUUGUUAAACACAAUUUCCCCCCCUUCGCUGUUCCCGGAAGAGGAGCGACGAGCAACAGACGAUUCUGUUGCAACCAUUUCUGACCACGUGAGCAUUUUCCGCCAACAUCCGUCUCUUGGAUGUGACAGCGAGGUUUAUCAGGAGAAGCCACCAUGUCUUGAGCACAGAAGGGGCUUCUGGAGCCCCGCCCCCUCCCCACCCUGGACCGCUUUCUCCUUCCCCCGUCCAUCAUCUUACUCCUUCUCCCAGCCCCGCUUUACUCCCUGAUCUUCCUGCACAUGUGAGGGACAGGCUACCCUGCCCUGGCUCCCCAGUGGCUAAUCCCUCCCCUCCUCCUGGAGAGAUGAGCCUGCAUAAGCACCAUCAUUUUGGCAAUGGCAGUAGUGGGGUAACGGGCUCUGACCGGGAUCUGCAGUCCACAACCUCCACCAUCUCCCUGUCCUCUGUGAAGAAGGCUCCCAAGAAAAGACGUCUAUCCCUGGCUUCCCUUUUUAGAUGGCGGGGAAGGGAAGCCAAAUCGAUACGCCGAAAAAAUCGAGAGCUGCACAAUCCCGCACCUGGAGGGCUUACAGGGGUGGAUGGUAUAGCUAACAUCGAGAGCAUCCACUCCGAGAUGUGUUAUAAUAAGACCUCUACCGUCUCCACUGUGGCUGGUUCUGCCUCUGCUGUUGAUGCCUCCACCUCAUCUGCCUCUGGAACCUGUUUAUCUGCCUGCACCACAGUGUCCUCCAAGCUGGGGGGUGAAGUGGAGAAGGACUUCCUGGAAUGCCCCCUGUGCCUUCUACACCACUCUAAGGAGAGUUUUCCCGACAUCAUGACCUGUCACCACCGCUCUUGCAUUGACUGCCUACGCCAGUACCUGCGUAUUGAAAUCUCAGAGUCACGUGUCAACAUCAGUUGCCCUGAGUGUUCGGAGCGCUUCAACCCACAUGACAUCCGCAUGAUUCUUAAUGACCGUGGACUCAUGGAGAAAUACGAGGAGUUUGUCCUCAGGAGGUGGUUGGUGGCUGACCCUGACUGCCGCUGGUGUCCGGCACCUGACUGCGGGUAUGCAGUCAUUGCCUUUGGAUGUGCCAGCUGUCCCAAGAUCGCAUGCGGGAGGGAGGGUUGUGGUACAGAGUUCUGUUAUCACUGUAAGCAACUAUGGCACCCCAACCAGACAUGCGAUGCUGCACGACAACAGAGAGCCCAAAGCCUUCGUCUGAGGACCAUUCGCUCGUCAUCUCUCAGCUACAGCCAAGAGAGUGGAGCUGCAGCUGACGACAUCAAGCCAUGCCCACGCUGUGCUGCGUACAUCAUCAAAAUGAACGAUGGUAGCUGUAACCACAUGACCUGCGCCGUCUGCGGCUGUGAGUUCUGCUGGCUGUGUAUGAAGGAGAUCUCCGACUUGCACUACCUGAGUCCAUCAGGCUGUACAUUUUGGGGGAAGAAGCCAUGGAGCAGGAAGAAGAAGAUUCUUUGGCAAUUGGGAACACUUGUUGGUGCCCCUGUUGGCAUUGCUCUGAUUGCUGGCAUAGCUAUCCCCGCCAUGGUUAUCGGCAUCCCUGUAUAUGUUGGAAGGAAGAUUCACAAUCGCUAUGAAGGUAAAGAGAUCUCCAAACACAAGAGGAACCUGGUGAUUGCAGGUGGCGUCACUCUGUCUGUCAUUGUGUCUCCAGUGGUUGCAGCAGUCACUGUCGGCAUUGGUGUCCCAAUCAUGCUGGCGUAUGUGUACGGCGUGGUGCCCAUCUCGCUGUGCCGCAGUGGGGGCUGUGGUGUCUCUACAGGAAAAGGAAAAGGUGUCCGCAUAGAAUUUGAUGAUGAGAACGACUUGAAUGUUGCCACUGGGACAGCAACCACCGAUUCAACAUUUGUGGCAGACACUAGAAACAACCCCAGUAUAUGCGAAGGCAGUGUCGGGGGUCUUACAGGCAGUUUAAGUGCCAGUGGCAGCCAAAUGGACAGACUUGGGGCCAUCAGGGACAACCUCAGUGAGACUGCAUCCACGAUGGCUUUGGCAGGAGCAAGCAUCACAGGAAGCCUCUCCGGCAGUGCCGUGGUCCACUAUCUUAGCAGGUUGGAGGUGCAAGCUGAUGUGCAGAAGGACCAUUGCAGUCUCAGCGGCGAGUCAGGUUCUGUCAGCCUAGGAACAAUCAGUGACAAUGCAAGUACCAAAGCAUUGGCAGGAUCCAUCCUGAAUGCCCACAUUCCCUUUGACAGAGAUGGGAACAGCAUGGAAGUCCAGGUUGACAUUGAAUCCAAACCCGACAAAUCACGCAACCACAGUGGCGGUAGCAGUGCCGAUCACGGCAGCCAUGUUGGCCGCUGCGGCUGGACCUGCCCCUCUAACGACUGCAUGUUCUCGGAGGGUCGAGGAACGUCUACCAAAUGGGUGAAAGAAACAUGCGGCCCCUCUUCCAGUUCAGGAGGCAAAAAGUGCAAAGGCAAACUGCGCAAAAAAGGCGGUGGCGCUAGGAUCGAUGAGACAAGAGAAGACAUGGACACUCAGCUUUUGGAGCAACGUAGCACCAACUCGUUAGAGUUUGACUCUCCUUCUCUGAGCGGCAGCCUGCCUUCUGUUUCUGACUCUCACUCCAGCCACUUCUCAGAGUUCAGCUGCUCUGACUUGGAGAGUAUGAAAACUUCCUGUAGCCACGGCUCUGGCGGAGGCGACUACCACACACGCUUCGCCACCAUCAGCCCCUUACCGGAGGUGGAGAACGACCGCCUGGAGACAUGUCCUGCUUCCCGGACUUCCUGCAAGGGCCUUGAUGCCGCCGUCGUCCCCACUCCACACUCACCCACCUCCUCGCUCAGUCAUGCGGAACUUUCCAGCGUAAAAUUCAUCACAGAGGAUAGUGUCAACCUGGUGUGUCACUCUCAGGGCCGCAGUACACAACUCCUCAAAGAAACCAACAACAAUUACCACCAAGCAGAACAGUCCAAGAACUUGUGCGUACAGACGGACAUUUAGAGAAACACCUGAAGUGCUGCAUCUUUUCUUUCAGUGAAAUACCAGCCGGCCUUUGACUAGGAGAAAGUUGUGUGUGUCAACAGGCUGUUAUCUAAAAACCAGCCAUGAGACAAAUAUGACUCACUUGAAAAAAGUUAGGGAGAUUCAGCUUUCAGGGUGAAAUUCAGGAUGUAGCUAAAAAGCGUUUUGGACAACUUGCUGUUCUCGAAAAAGACAACAUUAUUCUCCAGUCUCUUCAACACUGGUUCACUCUCACACUGGAACCUCAGCGGCCACUUCCCCUUGAGAACUUCCUGUUUGAAGUCACACCAUGUUUGGUAUCAUUUUGGUUUCAUUACAUCAGAAUGUGAAAAGCAUUUAAAAUACCGUUCAUAAUUGAACCAGGACAUUUUUUUGUUGCACUCAUGUUGUCAUUUUUUUUUUCAGCAAGUUGUGUAGAAGUAGUAAAACGUUAAAAACAUUUGGACAUCCAAAAGUUUAGAUUUAAAUUUAAAAGGGAACUGCACUUUUUUGUUCUAGAAUUCUGCCCAUCAUUCAGAAUCCCUAUAUGAGACAAGAACACAUGCCUUUCUCUUUUCUGUGCAUUCUAAAUAGUGAAAAACUGCUAGCAAAAGUUAGUUAUGGUAUCCAAUCAAUUCCGCCUACACCUCCUUUCAUAGAGACACUGUAAGUAUAUGUAACAGGCACAUUCAUAAUAACGUGUACCGUAUUUUCCGCAACAAGAUAUAAGCCGCACCCGCUAAAUUUUAAAAUAAAUUAUUUUUCCAUAAAUUAGCUGCACUAGACUUUAAGCCACAGUUAUAUAUGUUGUGAAAUGAGUUAUUUACACAAAUAUUUUGUAAAUGUAUUUUUCCAUACCUUUCCAAACAAUGUUUGUAACAUGGCAGUAAAAUGGCUGAUCAGAAAAAACAGAAGUCAUCUUCAUGGACCCGCUAGCUGCAGAAGCUAACUUCCCAGUGGGGUUUUGAAGAAUUUACUGAUGAAUUUGUAAAACUGAAACGAUAAAAACAUAAUGCUAUUGUAAGUUAAUACUACUAACACAGACACUUGUAGAGGUGCUAGCAUAUUAGCUAAUGCUCACAUCGCUAGCUUCAUUACAUUAUGAAUGCACAUACAAAUAUGCAUGAAAACACUAGAGAACCGCUAUUGGCAGUUUUACUUUCGGUUCAAGCCAAAACAGGAAGUAUAAUUUCAACUCGCAGCACCUACAGUGAGCAAAGUGUUCCAAAAGAUAGCACAAACAAUAGCACACCACUUCAGUCCUAUUCAAACUAUUAAACACAAAACAUGGUAAUUAGCAGUAAACAAUUUCAUAAAUUAGUCGCACCAUUUUAUAAGUCGCCGGGUUCAAAGUGUAGGUAAAAUAUAGCGGCUUACAGUCCGGAAUUCAUAGUUAUAUUUACAUAUUUUGCUCAUUUUAAGCAUUACCAGAACUUCUUUCCUUUCCUUGUGUUUCCGUUAACAACAAUUACUAAUCGAUGACUACUUUGGUACAAAUGAUCCAUAACUUUAUAUUUUUGAGCCUGAAUAUACCGAAUAUGAGCUACACGUUUAAGAAGCUGAGUGAUAACCAGACACCGCUUUAGUGAAACCUUAAGCCUAAUGUAGCAGUUUUGCUGGGAGGACAAGAAGUACACAAUACAAGGAAGAAAAAAACAUGACCUACAUUGUUCGCUCUGACUGGGAUGCCAACUGUCAGGAUGGUUGUAUCUUUCAGCACAAUACUUAACAUGAUUAAUUCAUCACCAUACUCACUCCUGCUUGGGGCAAACAAGGUGACCAACUUCUUGGGUUAUGGCCACAACCUGGGUCUAUAAAUGUGAGAGGCUUGAUUUAUUAUCUAGCACACACUUUUACCAACUUUGGCGAUUCAGCACUAAAAGUAGUUCCUUGUUGUUGGCUCUUGCAGUAAGUGUUGCUAUAAACUUGGUUAAUGUGCAGGUCAAGACAUGAAAAUGGAGAAUUGUUGGAGGUUUUUAGAGGACCUGAAGGCAUAAUUGUUGAAUCAACAUUACAUGCCUCGUUUGCUACCUCUUGCUAGCAGUUUUUUUAGUAUUUAUCACGAACCGAAAACAGAAAGAUGUGUGUUCUUGUCUCGCACAAUUGUGAAUAAUGGACAGUUUACUAUAAAGGUUAUAUUGCAUCUUAACUUUCUCCUAAAUGUCACCCGGAUAUCCCAAACUCUUUUGAGUUGUGUGUGUGUGUCAGGACUCGGGAGUCCUGCAAACUGCCGAGUCAUCAUAGAUGGACGAGGUAGACCUGUGGAGAACUACUGUGCCAGUUUCUAUCACUGUCUUUGGCUGGAAGAAUUGUAUCCAGAUCGCCCUCGAAGGGUUUUGAGCUUCUUGGUGUGUCUUAAGUUUAGGGGUGUGGCCGGCAAUGAUUACAGAUUGUAAAAAGAAAUGCUAAAAAAAAGACGACGUAUUUGGGCUUACCGAGUAUGAUAAACAUGUGCUUUGAUAUCUUUUUGGUGCCUUCAUGAAGCAGUUAAGUGUUGUGUGCGUGAACAAGCUCACACCACGGGGGGUGUGGAGUUCCUCUAAUCAGCAGCAUACUUGAGACAAAGUGAACUUUGGUGAAUGAAGACUUUUCAAUUGCCUACCAAAGACAGCACUCUGGCUCUUGGUAAAUCUUACACCUUUGAUCUUUGUCCGGAGCAGUGACCCUUUGGUGCAUUCUUUUUCAGUAUCACUGUACCCAAGAAAUGAUGCUGAGUCAUGAAUCUAGUAAGAGGGGACACAUGCCCUGUUAGCUGCAUUUCUUCUGACCUUGAUUUACCCUUGGAGUCUUUGGUGCUGCUAAAGCUGACUUGGGCUCAGUUUGUAUUUUCUACAUCUGUUUGGUUUCAGCCUGCUUUUUCUUUCCCCGCUCAAAGGCUGCAUCUUGGCCUCUGGCACGGCUCAGGUCAACUUCUAUCAGGUGGAUAAAAACACUUGGAUUUGUAUUUUGACUCUCGCCAAAUUUAACAUUUCGUUGGCUGAAACUAGGCCUCUUUCUGUUUCUUCAUCUGCAAAACACACUAGUGCCAGAUACAGUUCAUUGUAGGGGUCAUACGGUAUUUUGGGGGGGGGGAUUUACAUUAUUUUCUGCAUGGAAAUGCAUAUCAAAAUAAAAACAUUUAAAAGGA